GGCUCCCACAGGUGAGGAAGACGCCUGUUCUGCCACAAACGACUCACACUAAGAGUCAAAACAGGCCAAAGACUUGCGCACGUUUCGACGCGUAGAGCAAUUCUAAAUUGUUCAGAGACUUUUUAAAAGGAUAAACCUGAAGAUCCAUAUUUCAGAGCGCUGCAGAGCCGUGGACAUGACUGCCUGGAGACUGGUUUACUUGGCUUUCUUCUGUUACGCUACGACUGGUGUAUCUGGUUUUUCAGUGACUACCCAAAAGAAUAAUGUGCGUGUCAAGGAAAAUGAAGGGGUUGACCUUUCCUGCCAGUUCUCCGCUGACUUUGGUACUGAUGCAAGAGUAGAAUGGAAAUUUCAAGAUCUCAAAGGUUCACAGACAUAUGUGAUUUACAAGGGAGAAGUAACAUCACAAUAUGUUAGCAGGGUGACACCAUACGGCAGCAAUCUGAGAUUCACCAAAGUCACCGUCAAAGAUAACGGAAUGUAUGACUGUGAGGUCUCUGGACAAGGCCAGUUUGGCGAAGCCCGAGUGAAGCUAACGGUUUUGGUUCCUCCAGGCGUUCCAGUGUGCAGGGUGCCCUCCUCAGUGACCACAGGAAAACCAGCUCUGCUCACAUGCGGGGACAAUGUUGGCUCUCCUCCUCCAACUUACAAGUGGUUCAAAAAUAAUGUCCUUCUACCUGCAAACCCCAAAACAGUUUCUGGCUUCCAAAAUGCAACCUACAAACUAAACUCAGAAAAUGGCAAUUUGGAGUUCAUUCCUACAGCAAAAGGAGAUACAGGUUCUUACUACUGCAUGGCUGAGAAUGAUGCCGGUCCUCCUCAGCAGUGUAAAGCAGCCACGAUGGAAGUCCGUGACCUCAACACUGGAGGGAUUGUAGCUGGAGUUAUCAUUUUUUUGCUUCUGUUGGCUUUACUUGGAUUUGGCAUCUGGUAUGCCUACAAGAAAGGAUACAUACUAAGUAAGCUCAUUUCUCCUCCAAAUGUGGUCUACCAGCCGCAGUCGGUAUAUGGAGGGGAGGAGGAGGACGAUGGGGAAUUUAAACAGAAGUCAUCGUUUGUUGUUUAGCCCAAAGAUUGAAUUUUUUUUUAACUGCUGUAAUAUUCGUGUGUGUACUUUUAGGUGUUUUUGAGUGUUUUUAUGAGAUUGAUGAGUUGACUGAUUUGGCAUUAUUUUCUUUUAACUCAGAAUCCUCUUGUUUUUAUUUAUAACAUUAUGAACGUGAUACAGCUGUUUAAAUUCUACUAGAAGAAAGACAUGAAUGUCGCUUGGGAAUAAACGGAAUAUCCCUUGAUAUUUUUACUUUUCUGCACACAUUGUUUUUGUAUAGCCUGAAUAAUCCUUUUGAUGUCUGUAAUUUUUUUUAUUUUUUAUUAUUGUUUGUGAAUAUUUGGACUCUAAACAAAACCGAAACAAAAGACCUAUGUGCUACAUGAUUUUCUUUCUCUGAUAAUAUACAGGUUGAACUCUUGUCAUGGGCUUCCUGUCAGGCUUUUGCUUUAAGGCUUAAAUUCUAUACUAAACACUGGUUGUUAUUGCCACAUGAAAUUAAUACUAUAGCCUAGUAAAAGUAAAGUAACUUACAUAAACUCGCAGAUUAAUAUGUAACUCAUUUAUCAGGAAACAUUCAGUCUAAUUUGUUUUGAUGUUGAGGUUUACUUGCAAAGAUGCUGAGUAAUU